AUGUCGGAACCACAGCCUGACCUGGAACCGCCCCAACAUGGGCUGUACAUGCUCUUCCUGCUUGUGCUGGUCUUCUUCCUCAUGGGCCUUGUAGGCUUCAUGAUCUGCCACGUGCUCAAGAAGAAGGGCUACCGCUGCCGCACCUCGAGGGGCUCGGAGCCUGAUGACGCCCAGCUCCAGCCCCCUGAGGACGAUGACAUGAAUGAGGACACAGUAGAGAGAAUUGUUCGCUGCAUCAUCCAAAAUGAAGCCAACGCUGAGGCCCUGAAGGAGAUGCUGGGGGACAGUGAAGGAGAAGGGACAGUGCAGCUGUCCAGCGUGGAUGCCACCUCCAGCCUGCAAGACGGAGCCCCCUCCCAUCAUCACACAGUGCACCUGGGCUCCUCAGCCCCAUGCAUUCACUGCAGCCGCAACAAGAGACCCCCACUUGUCCGUCAGGGACGCUCCAAGGAAGGAAAGAGUCGCCCCCGGCCUGGGGAGACCACCGUGUUCUCUGUGGGCAGGUUCCGGGUGACGCACAUUGAGAAGCGCUAUGGGCUGCAUGAGCAUCGUGAUGGCUCUCCUACGGACAGGAGCUGGGGGUCUGGUGGCGCGCAGGACCCAGGAGGCGGCCAGGGGCCUGGGGGAGGGCAGCCCAGGACAGGGAUGCCUGCCAUCGAAAGCCUUCCCCCUGAGAGGCCGCAGCCCCCGGCCCUUGCCAGCACCCCCAUGCAGAAUGGAGGACUCAGGGACAACAGCCGAGUCCCUCGUGCACUUGAGGGGAACCCUGGAGCCUCUACAGAGCCGAUGCUCGGGGCUGGAGGGAGGGGCCCAAGCCCAGGGCCAGCCAGAAAAGAAGCAAACGGACAGCCAAGCAAACAGGACACCUCAGAUCACCAGGUGUCCCCACCACGGGGAGCAGGGGGUAUGUGA